CCUCACAGCUAACCAGCACAACGCUCUUUCAUACCAACUCCACACCACCUACCCCAGCGGCCAGUCGCAGCACAAACUCCAAGCAUCACUUCCCCACAUGACCUACCUCACCCCUUCCCCCUACCUCACCCCUAACCCUCCAGAUUGCAACUCAACCUCAUACCUGACCUUUGGCCCUGGAGGGGGCUCCACAGGGGUGGUGACCUAUUCCACUGGAGGCCACACCCACUUCCAGUCACAGAAAGCAGGCCAAAUCCUGCUGCAGCCUGUUGGGCACCAUGGUGGGAUUUCAGCAUACCAGUCUUUCCUGUGGGGUAACAUGUACAGCCAGCAGGCGGCGCAUCAGCGCAGCCACUCCUCAACUUACUCAGGCAGCUCUCAAGACCUCCAGCAGCCCUCCACCGCCGCCACCCUGCCUCCCACUUCAUUCUUCCCUCGACGGGACCAUUUAUCCUCUCACGCAAACUCACACACCCAGAUUCACGCAACCGCCACAACCAGCAGCACCUCCACUGUCCUCCCACCCAUAUCCACCCUGCGGGCCUCUCACCUCAAAGCCGAGAGCACCCCGCCCAAGAUUGCACCUCUGCUGCCUCCUGAAAUCAGCUCUGCUUCUCCACACAGCUCUACAGCUCCAUCUUGUGAGAAGAUUGAGUAUGACAGCCCCCGACAGGUCCACAGCCACUUCCACUGUGACUUCUCCCCCAUACACUUUUGAUAUAAAUGUUUGUGUGUGAGAGACACUUAA